GGGGCUGGUACAUACUCGCUCUGCGGUGACCCGGGAGCUGAUGGAGAAGACGGGCUUUUCUGCAGAGCAAAUCGAACAUCUUCACAAGCGCUUCAGCUAUCUUUGUGGGGACAAUGCCGUUCUCAGGAGAUCAGAUUUUGAGAAGGUUACAGAUCUGGAACAGAAUCCUAUUCGAGAAAAAAUAAAAAAUGCAUUUUUUGAUAAAAGGAAUCUACGGACAGGAACGCGCGGAUUUGAGAGGGAGAUUGACUUUGAAAAGUUUCUUAUUAUUAUGUCCUAUUUCCGACCUCUGGCUGAGAAUGCUGAUGAAGAGGCCAUUAAAUUAUGUCGGGAGGACAAAUUACGAUUUCUUUUCAACAUGUAUGAUACUGAUAAUGACAGCAUGAUCACCCUGGAUGAAUACAGAAAUGUGGUAGAAGAAUUACUGUCAGGAAAUCCUCAUAUUGAGAAGGAGACAGCAAGAUCUAUAGCAGAUGGUGCAAUGCUGGAAGCAGCCAGUAUAUCCGUUGGGCAAAUGGCACCGGACCAGAUCUAUGAGGGAAUAACGUUUGAUGACUUUCUAAAGAUUUGGCAGAGCAUUGCUAUUGAAACGAAAAUGCACGUCAGAUUCCUGAAUAUGGACACGAUCCCAUCGUGCCACUGAAACUUGUAUGAUGUGGAAGACACUCAAACAAAGACAUG